AAAUUGUGGGGCAGGGAAGGACAGAGCGUGGAAAACUUGCAUUGCAUAUGUCGUGGGCUUCAAGACGUCGAUUAUGUUUGCUAGGUGUCUCCGCAAGAUGGCGCUGCAGCGCCUUUGAGAUAUUACCACGUCGAAGAAGAGUUCAAAUAUCUGGGUUCUGCCAGCUCCAGUUGUUAUUAUCCACAUGAACUGAAUAACUUUAGUGAACUGAUACUUAAUGUCCAUCAAAUGUGGAGAUUAAACAAGGUUCGCCAUAAAGCUGGUCGACAGCUCGACAGCUUGGAGGAGCUCAGGUUGAAGAGGCGAGAGCACGAGAGAGCCCUGAGACAAGCCCGCAGAGAUAAACAGCUUGUGAGUAAGAGACUCCUUCUAAAUGAAGAUGAGGAGCAGUCAGAGGUCACUAUGGACACAACCUUAGGAGAACCCCAAAAUGUCCUUGGUUUGAUUUACACACUUAAGCACUGUGGAUCGGAGAAGGAAACCCACCUGAGAGCCUUGAGUAAAGCUUUGCGUGACCCAUCAGCCCAGCUCACCUUCAUCAAGCAGGAAAACAGUAUGCAUUUACUGGUUGGACUCCUCACCGGCUCCAACGCUCAGUGCCGUUUGCAAGCUGUUUGUUGUCUUCAUGAGCUGUCUCACUCUCGCCACACCAAUGUGGCAUCAGCCUGCCAACCUGCCACUCCCUACCUGCUCACCUACCUAUCUGGCCAGAGCACCAAGUUCACUGAGCUUUGUCUCUACACUUUAGGUAAUAUUUGUCCAGACAGUGAGGUUGUGAAAGAGAAGCUUCUGGCCCAGGGAAUUAUACCAGCACUGGCAAACUGUAUAGAGAACCAGAGGCAUAACCUUGCAGUGGUGGAAGCUGUCGGUUUUACCCUCUCUCAGCUUCUCCAAACCAAAGAUGCAUCUGAGAAAAUAGUCCCAAUGGUUCUGGCCUCCAACUUACCUUCACACUUGCUAUCAGUCUUGACCCCUGACCCAGAGUUUGGGCUGGCUCCUGCUAUUGAGUGUGCAUGGUGUCUGCAUUACCUAACAUGCUGCAUUGAGGAUCACAAACAGCUGUUGACUCAAGGGGCUCUGUUGCAGUGCAGUUCCCUCUUAGUGUCACUAGGUGGUGCUGUGGCUAAAGGAAACGAAGAGCAGGGGAUGGCGCUGCUUAUCUGUCCUCUGCUGAGGUGUGUUGGAAACCUCCUGUCAUCCUGUCCAGUGAACGAUCUUGUCUCUCAAAUUGGUGAUGUUCAUCUUGCGGCUGCCUUGUGUGCCAUUGUUAAGGCUUACCUGCACACCCAGCCAGCCUUAGCCAGAGAGGCGACCUGGGUCCUCAACAACCUCACAGCUUACUCCACUGAAUUCUGCUCUGCUCUCUUAACUCUCAACUUGAUCCCAGGACUGAUGCAGCUUCUCCCUUUCUCUCAGGGCAUUAAUAUAAUGAGUCUCAGGAUUUUAGCGAACAUUGCCCACAAGAAAAAGGAAUUUUGCAUCCAGUUGGCACAGCUUGGAUUACUGUCUGCUCUCUUUGGCACACUUAAAAUGGCAGAUCAAGAAAUUGUGACCCUGAGUCUGGAUGUCCUGUUUAUGAUGGUAGUUAGUGUUCCACAGGUACCAGAGGAGUUUGUGAGGCAAGGUGGGCUUUCGAUUUUAGAAGCAAUCCAGUACAACAGUGAAGGAGGGAUGAGAUGCAGGGCGACAUAUCUCCUGGAGCAGCACUUUCUGACCUACCAACAACACCUAACAGGGGAAAACACGACUCGUUCCUGAUUUAACAAGAAGACAUCUACUGUAAUAUCAUGAACACAUGAAUGAAGAUAUUUAAAUAUCAUCUUUUAUAGAUGUUGGAAUCUUUUUAAUGCUGACAGAUAUUUUUAACAUGACAAAUGUGAUGUAAUGUACUAAUAAUGUGUACUGUACUAGUAUGUACAAAUGAGAUUGGAUUUUAGCUAAAAACAUGAGUUUCUUUCAGUAAGAUAUUGCCGUUGAUGUUGUGCAUUUAUUUAAUAAAUUAUUUUAACUAUUUUUUUAA